UGUGGGCAGCAUGUGCAACACGAUUGGGGCACUCCUCGCCAAGCAGCUCGCCAUCCAGGUCUUCACAGGGGCGUACAUGGCUGCUGUCGACAUCAUUCACUUCCUGCUGACUCUCUUUCCUGUCUGUGUGUCCGACCCCAGACCCGCACCAGCUUCGCCCGGCAGGAGGAAGAGGAGGAGGAGACAGGUGAGGAGCAGCCUCCUUGCGCUCGCUCUGGCCCUAUGCACGGGCCCUGGCUGGUACGUCCUGGCGAUGGCCACCUCAUCCUCCCCCGGGGAGUUCCACGGCGCCCAGAGGAGACUGCUGGGGACGGCGCUUCAGGAGAAUAUGGAAGUGCUGGGCUUUGCUCUGGGGAUGCUCGCUGCACUCGUCGCCUUCACGGCCAGGAUCCCUGCGCUGUCUGGAGCGUGCACAGGGAGGCUGUCUCCAGUGACCCAGCACUGGGCCAGCAUCUCCUCGGCCCUGGCCAGCGUCCUGUAUGCAGCAGCCAUUGUGACCCAUGACCAGCGGCCCGCGUACUUUGUGAGAGCCAUGCCCUGGCUCCUGCUUUCCCUGGGCUCUGCUGCGCUUGACGUGGCUAUCACCUGUCUGUCCUGCUUGAUGAAAAGCCAGAUAAGCCAGCGGCUGGGCCUUGUGGCUGAGGCAACAGAGACCCCGGCUACGUGGGCGCUGCUGGCACAGGCAGAGGAGGAGGAGGAAGAGUGGACGGGAACCGAAGAGGGAAAGGCCCCCAACUGGCUGCCGCUGAACAUGUUCCCAGCACCCAAGUCGCUCCACGAGGGAGCUGCCGUUGGCCGCUGCCUGGAUCUCACCAUCGAGCAGGUGCAGCAGGCCUCUCCUCCAGGGGUUUCUGGUCCUCCUGCUGUGCCCCUUGAUUCCACGUUGGUAAAUCCUGCUCCCUGCUACGUCCAGGCUGGCCAUGGUGCAGUGAGGCUGCCGGGAGAUGGACAGAUGAAUGCUGCCGACCCCGCUCUGCCAGAGCCCCCUGCCUACCCUCCAGUCCAGGUCAUCCACGCCAAGCUCUCCCCCUCCAGCUCCUCAUAUGUCUCCUCCAUUAGCUCCGAGCUUGAGUGGGACUUCGGAGACAUGAAUCUUCAGUGGAACAGAAACGGCACCGAGGAACCGAACCUCCAGCCCGGCAGCAGCUCAGUGCUGAACGCAGGCUUCAAACAAACCGCAGCUGCGCCGAGACUGUGUGAUAAUGACGCCCCUGGGCAGAGGAAUCAUAGCAGGGAAUUCGAAAAACCAGCAGAAGAAAGAUGCUCUGUAGAAGAUCCCUGGAAGGUCCAGGUACAGCAGUACUGUGGGACAGGCCCAGGGGUGCCGCUCAUUUGCACAGGACAGGGAGCAGAUACAGAUGUAGCUCAAAUCUCACCCAUGUACUUCCCUGAUCCUGCUGCAGCUUUGUGCCGGGUGGCUGCUUCUGCAUUGGGUUGGAGCAACCUGAAGGCCACACAAACAAACCCUGUCUGCAGACAGCCCCAAGGAGCUGAAAACACAGCUGGGGCUCGGAAUGGCCUGGGGUGUCUUGGCCAUGGCCCUGUUCCUCUGGCCGCAUGCACUGGGGGUGGGGAAUGGCAGAAGAGCCCCAUGGUCAGCGUUCCUUUGCCAGAGACUCACCAUGACGCUGGGGCAGCCCACCCCAGGCCCUGUUAAAAUGUGGGGGCUUACGGUGACUGCACCUCACCGGGGAUGCUGCUGUGUCUGCAGUAAUCAGGGCUGAACCACGCCCAUUGCCCAGUGAGUAUAACCGACCUGGGGUGGGGGAGGGCAUAGGGGCAGUUUCCCCGCCCUGGCACUGUUGGGUUGGCCAUAGCCCAUCGAUCAGGGUUUCCAGCCCUGCUCCCUGAGCUGCAGGGAUGCACGUCUCACAAGCACCCCUGCUGUGGCUGUGUGCUUCCUCUGAGCUGGGCCCCGUUGGUGCCGGAGGGGGAAUGUGCCCUUACAGGUCAGUAACAGGAGCACGUCCAUCUCCCUGGCCGGAGCUGGGACUUCAGAGCUGCCAGUCCCAGGAGAAAUUCAGAGGAGAAACAAGGUGCCGAUGUUUGACCGCGAGGGUAGCUGACCGGCCUCGCAGUGCUUCUCCAUUACUUCCAGAGCGGGCGUCUGGCAACUGUCCUCUGGUUCAGCCCACCACUUGGACUGACAGUGGGGAGCCCUAAAGCCUGGCCUGGGCGUCUGCUCCUCUCAAACAGCUGCUUUGGACUCAGCAGCCAGCAUCCUGGCUGACGUGAGCAGGGGAAGCACAGGCUGCCGACGCUAAUGGUGUACGUGGCCCCAGGCCUCCCUUUAUCUGCUUGUAACUGGCCGGAUUCUGACCAGAUGGUUUGCCGGUGUGACUGGCCAGGCAGAGUGACGCUGGCUCACACAGCGCUCCACCAUGCCAGGAGCUGGCUGUUCCUGAGUUACCUGCAUGAGGCGGUUGCUGACCCAGCUGUGUCAGCUGGGCGAGGGUCACACUCCCACUACCACAGCUGUGCUGGCCUUCUGCCUGGGCAGGGCAGUCCGGGAGCCCUUGGAAAGAGCUGCAGGGGGAAGCAGAUUUGGAAUCCCCAUUUCCUAGGCCAGUUGGGGUGCUCUGUCACCUCGGGGCCCCCCGUGUGCUCCGGGCUCUUGGUAUCACAGUUCCCUCACACGCAGAUCACUAGUGUGUGAAACUGCUUGGUCGAGCCACAGGCCCCCUUUCCUCUGCACCUUUUCGAGCCGCUCCUAGCGCAGCAAAGCUGCUGGGAGUGGGAUCGCAGCCUGCCAGCGGGAUGCGCCCCAGGGAGAGCUGCGAGGGCUGAACGUCAGAGGGAGUGGGGUGCAGGCACUGUUGUGACUCGAGAGGAUAGUGUGAAAAACUGGCAGCAGCGGUUGUGUGUGCUGCGUGUGGCGAGGCGAGGGUGCAGCUGGGAGAUGUGAGGUCCCGCACUGCAGCAAACAGCAGGAUGGUGUGUCCCGCCCUGUGUGAACGUGGAGCCAGCUCUGCUAGAGGGCAGGUGCUCUGGGAAGGGGUGCUGGGGCAGAGGGGUAAUGCUGGGCUCACUUUGGCUGGAGGGAGCAGGCCCAGGUAGGUGUGGGUGGUAAAGGCUUUCCUUUUCUGUUAUGCUAUUGAGUCUUAGAGCAGCACCUAUAGGCCCCAGAGUCCCUCGCAGCUCAGCUCUGUUCCCCUGGCAAAGCUGGAACCCCUCUGCUCUGCACCGCCGCCCACAGCCAGCCAUGCCCUGAGCCCAGGCUCGGGGCUUGUGGGGCACUAGACCCGAUGGAGGAUGGCCUUGCUGUGCAUUCCUGGAACACUGAGCUGCCCUCACCCUCGGGCUCCACUCUCCUCACCCCUGGCUUCUGGGAACGCAGCACAGGCGAGAAGAUGACAUCUGCCUAAAGCGUCUGGCAUUCUGUCGCUCCCGCUCUGAUCUCGCAGCCCCCAGCCUGGCUGGCGCUGCCCCCUCCAGGUAGGUGACCCAUCUGGCAGCUGCCUAGGGCAGCGAACGUACAGCAAUUGUUCAGGGAGCGAGUGGCUGUGACCUGCGCUGGGUCAGACGCUCCCUUGGCCCAGAACAGCAAAACAGUCCCGAGCCGGCGCUGAUAAGAAACCUUCACAGUAAUAUUUCUAAUGGCUGGAGAUUGAUUGCCUAGUAGUAAAGCUCAGAAAUCCAGACAAUGCAAAGACUGGAAACCCAGGGGAAAGGAAAUUCUUCUGCUGUAUUGCCUUUUCCUAUUCAGAUAAUGCACAAUAAAAUAUGAGCAUGCAAGUCUGCACCAGGGGAGGGCUGCCUCAUUCGUGUCCAAAGCAGAUAUGCCAGGAGAAACCCUGGAGCAAGUGAUCUCACAUGUUGGCCAAGAGGGAGACUGGCUCUGCUGCCUUCAGGGGGGCAUGGUAGUGAGCAGUCAUAUUCAUGAUGCUUUGCACGUCCCUGGUGUCUUCUCACCGAGAAUCUCAAAGCCCCAGGCGCACGUGAACUGCGUGAGCUGCAGAACACUGCCAGGAUGUAGGCAGGUCUUUGGCCUAGGGGGAGAUGGUCAAAGAGAGGUGGCUUGGAAGACUCAGGCGGACAGUCUGGCAGAGCCCAGAUCCCGUGUCUUGCAGGCACGUACCCUGUUACUGUGCGGCCUCCAGCUCAUACACGGUGGGGACAGGGAAGGGGAGAUAGUGAAUGGAUGUUUGAACAACAGCAAGCGGGCAAGUCCUGCUCCCUGCACCCACGAAUAAUCCUGCUGGCCUCCAGGGGAUCCCUGGCCCAGCAGCGCUGUGCCCUGGGGGCAGAGGCU